AAAGCUUUCGACGUAUAGGCUUAUGGUCAUGCUUCGCGAUUGGUUGUGAGCAGCUUUUGCAAUCAUAUUGGCCGCAUGCUUGGCCCUCGAGGCUAAAUGAAUGGAAUUGCGCUAGUUGCUACCCAACAGAAAGGGGUUCUACGCGUGGUUGCGUUGCAUGCGUGUGAUAUUCUCCUAGCUCUGACCUGGCGCCCCCUCGUCAGAGAGCGGCAUAGCGCCCCAGUACAAUAUAACUAGCGGGAAAUAUCUGCUUCGUUUCCCUCAGGCUCAGGAAAUACGGACCGUGGAGGCAUAGCAGUGCAUUCCAAGUUAAACACCUCCCUCCCCCUUUAUUGCAACGCCUCUUUAUGACCGGGGGUUCUAGACUAUCCCCCUUCACUAUCCUGAAAUGCAAGAUCUUUUAGACUUCGUCAUCAACCACGUUUUCAUGCCCCCCAAGCUGCCUCAGGAGGAGGAUGACAGCUCAGAGCGCAAAGAUUUCCUUCUGUCGACGGUCUACAGUACAAUGGAGCUCUACAGGCAGCAGUAUGCUGCGAUUGAGCACCAAGCGUUGUGGGGCUCUUUGUUAAAAAUGGUGGAUACAUUGCGACGAAUUAACGAGUGUCCGGAGGUUUGGAUCAGCAAAUCUAUCAAAAACAUGGUUACCGGAGACAUUAUCUCCAUUCUCAUUCGGGCUCAGAAUGCAAGCGUGAUCAUCCGUUGCGGAGAGGAGGAAACGAUAUUCGAGAGUUUUGAAGUCUCACCCAGGAACAAAGACGUGAUGGGCUGUACAAGAAAGCUUAUCCGCUCCUUUCCCGGACCUGCCAUUGCCGUUCAGAAUGACAUUGCGCUGGACCCGGCAUUUCUCGAAGAGUUAUCCACAUUCCUAAUUCAGAUGGACAUUGAUUCAUUGGCGGAUGCCCAAACCCUCACCAGAAAAGCAGGCAGUGACCUCGUCGAAGAGCGCGACACGACUCAUCCUAUGUAUAUUACCGAAUUGCUGACUGGGAUACUCCGUGGACUGGGACAGCCUGCCGACAUUCUUCGUAUCCAGAAGAGGACGUCGGAUGAUGUCUUGUGGGAUAAAACCUUGCUCCCAUGGAGACGCAGUCCUCUCUGGCUCGUUGUUCGUGUCACCUUACAAACUGCGAUUCGCCGAAAUGCCUCGGGUGCGAACGAAUACAAGUCCUUUAUGAUACUCCUUCUGGCCCAGAUUUUGCGCAAUGGUGUCGAGAACCGGUUGCCAGGCGACGUCCUUUAUUGCAUGCGUGCGAAGCUUAGCCGUCGGCUCUUCAAAAUUCGAUCAUGGGCAGGUGCAGCUCUUGUCGCGUAUGUCCGCGGGGUUGUUGUUGAUACCGAAAGACUGCUCCAAGAUCGAUGGGAAGCUGUCCAAGACGUGCAGAUGCAAGCACCCGAAUGGGCGCCGGACGGAUUAGAUAUUGAUGGAGACACAAGCCUUACCCUUCAGAACAGUAGAUCUUACAUCGAUGCUGCUUUCAACCCAGUGGCACAUGAUAGUACCAGCGCUGCGUUCAACCCAUCCCAUCAUCCGCGACCAGUCGAUAAUCCGUUUGAGGAUGUACCCCAUCAUCUUCCAGAGGCAGUAAAAGCCGAUGGACUCGUUGCGCUGUGGGAUUUUGAGCAUUGCGUAAGGAACAGCAUCGACGACUGGGUGUCUUUGCAGGUUUCCCGCCAGAACUGCGAAGAAGCCUGUACUAUUCUUUCUGAUUGCAUGAUGACAUACGCCGAAAAUGCGAACACGUUGUAUGAAAAGGCCCCGGAACAGCAGUCCAUCAUGCUCCUCACACUCUUUGAACUGUGGAUGGCACUCGAUAUAUUAGCAGUCACUUCCUGUCCUCUUUUGAAGUCCUAUUCUCCCGAGAUCCCCCUGACUCUGUAUGAGACACUCCUGCUUCCGAACUCCGAUUUGCUGGAACGCAUAUCUAGGAUCCAGAAGCAUCUACGCAGUCGCUACCGCGAGGCCGGUAGUAACCCUCGGUCGAUUUUUUCAGAAAUUGUAGAUGAGGAAACCUUUGCCGUCAAGUUUUUCAGCUCGUCUCCAUUUCUCCAGGGAGUGAAACAUCGCAUAGAAGAGCAGGCGACAGCGAAGCGGGACGAAAAACUUCUCGAGCUUCGCUUGUUGAACCAUCAGUACGAGGAAAAUAUGGCUCUGGCUGCUCGCAUCGAUCAUAACGACUCUACACGUCGCGGUAAGGUCGGACAUUAUCCGCGCCGUUGUCAAAAAUGCAAAUACGAGAAGAAGGCAAGAGCCAACAUACAUAUUCACGAAUGGCCGCUACCCGGCCAUCUAAUGCGAGCCGAGGUCGUUGUGUUUGAACUUGCGGGUCCUUGGGACUUCAAGACUUGGAGGAGGGCGACUUAUUGGCUUCUUCGUGACAUCUGUACCCGUCCUGUUCAUUCCCACAAAGCGGCCCCAUCGAUGACAUUACGACGUUAUGCCGACCUCAAUAUUUCCGGAAACAUUGUCUUCGAUUCUCUGCUCCGAAUCUCGUUGGCAUCCCAGAAGAAGUCCUUCUUGAACACUCAUUUUAAGGGCGUGGAAAUCCCAGCGAGCGAAGAGAGCAUCUGCCUCCCGAAUGCGCUGUCAUAUCGACUGUAUGACGUAGACAACGAUAGCUGGAUAUAUCCCCCAUCCUCCGACUGUGACCUCAGCCAUAGAACGUCCAAGCAGAUAGCACAUCGUUCGCCAUAUGUUUCCCUAGAAUGUUUUGCACAGGGCACUUCCCACACCUCGAACGAAGUUCUUGCGAGCCAGCAUGAAUGUCCUGCUUCACUCGGCUUACAAGAAUUCAUUGCAUUUGGGUCAUUGCGCGCCGGAGCGCGGUUGCAAUGGUAUAAUAUUGCCCGAGAAAUUCCCUCGAGAAACCUUAGUUUCCAUCAUGAGGUGGUUUAUGAUCUCAUCUCUCGGGCUGCGUGUCAAGUGGGUUGCCUUUCCAGUGACGGUGACUGGGAAUGCCACGAAGUUCUGCGGGAUGCAUCAUUUUGUGACGUGUUACUAGACGUUCUUGACCAGCUCGGAACAGAUAUCGAGGGGAACUGGAAUCAGAGUGUUGCAGCACUGACUGUCAGUACUCUGGCUUGCCGACUGCUGGCUUCGGUGGUACAUGAAUCAACCAUUAACAAAACGUACAAGUUGCUGCGGAAGAUCCGAAGCAUCGCUAUGCGCUGGCUGGAUGAACUGACGAAACUCCAAUCAAACACUGAAACCGAAACCGAACAGGACAAAUACGAGAAGGAAAUAUGUCGAAUAGCUGCGACUUGCAGGAGUACUUUUGAUGUUGACUCAAUCCAUGCCGGCUCACUCCUUCGGACUUCAGAGGAUGUCGCCAUUUUUGUCGAAUGUGCUAUCAUUCUUCACAAUCAUUCAGCUCAAGGAUUCCCCAGUGCAAAUCUUCAUUUACAUCAAUUGCUUCUCCGAGACCAGCGCUUGUCCUGCAAUAUGGAAGAGCUUCUCAUCACCCGCGCCCAGGAAACAGAAACCAUGCAAGGCCUUAGUGAGGCGAUAGCAAGGGUUUGGACCAGCUUCGACUUGACAUGUCGCUGGACAAGGCUGCCAAGACCGAACCAUCGUUGGUUAGCCACUGUCACCGGCCAGAGGUCACAAGAAGUCCAAUUUAACGUACUGAGUGGUGCUUUACUGAUUGAGGGGAAACCAUUCGGUCGGUUGCCGCCUGCGAUGCGUGGGCAUCCGAUAUAUAAGGAACUCUUCGGUGAAAAAAACCUGAGUGUCGUUCCAUCGGACAUGGAAGACAUGGAGUAUGCAACUAAUGCCAGUGUGUCUUGCGGGUCUCGACUUGGGAUUCAAGAUAUUCCUCAGAUAAUUCACUUCGGGUGGCGAGAUGGAAAGCUCAUUCUACGAAGUAGAUCCUGCAGACCUGAUGGGGAGACUUGUUGGAUCUUGGAGUUGUUGCCUCGUGAGAUAUUCAUGGGUGACCUCCCUACUAUUCUAAUCGACGACUAUGUCCAUUGGUUGGAAGUAUCCACACGCCAAAUUGAGUUGCGACCCAAAGAAGCGCCCUGGACACCCUCCCAAUCAAGUUGGCACUUACGUCGCACUCGGUCUUCUGCAUGGGUCAUGGAUAAGCAGUCUUCUAUCGUAUUGGUUGACUGUCGAAGCCGGACGGCGGAGAUGAUGCAUGACGUACUUCGGCAUCUGGAGGCGCCAAACAAUAUUCUCGUCACAAGACCGGCAACGCACCAACUCCUGGUCGACCUUCCCCGGGGGGGGCUCUGUUCACUGAACUUUCCCGGCUUCGAAAUAGAUCAUGACAAUCAAUCAACAGGAACAAUGCUAGGUCUUCAGAGUCAACUUGUUCUGCGCCAGAGCAGAUAUCACCCCGCUCGUUUUGUGGAGCCCAUUUAUUCUAAGCGUGUCAUCAUCCCCGUCGGCGACGUAUCGAUCGUAGGAGACGGUGACUACGUUGCUGUCACGAUUGACCACUCAGGAUCGCGUCGUGUCAAUUAUUACGAUUAUGAUGUCGAUACCCUGCUCGGCCGUUUGGUCGGAGAUGGAAGCUUGUCUAGCACGCUUUUCCAGGCGUACCUUCACGCCAUCACUAGUUACUGCCUACCGGAUCCUCUUACGUCAUUGUCGGGAACCGAGGAGGCACUUCAAAUUCUUCGCUCAGCACGCUGCAGAUCGUUUCUUAGUCUUAAUGACCAGGAGCGUAACAUCCUUCAUCAGCUGUCCACAUUGACGCCGUUAAGAAGUUGGUAUCCUUUCCACCUACGAGUGAUGCAACAAACUGUGUGGAAUAAAUCACUAAGACCGAUUAUCCAACACGAUGCCUUCUGGAGCGAUGUCCAGUCUAUAAUAGAGUGGGACGGUCAAAUGCAAGCUUUCCGCCCUUCCAUGUCCAGGGAAGACUCAGCGAGCACCCCCCAUGUAAGAGACCCACAUUUACUGUCUCGGGCAAGAUGCCGCAAUGCUAUCUGGCCCGGCUCUGGGCAGGACAAGCUGGGCGUAGAUACGACAUACAGAUCUAGGGAUGCUUCAGACGGGCUCGACACUGCCCGCAUUCACCGCACCUCAAAUGUCUCUAGUUUGGUGUACAAAUGUCCUCUUCAACUCAGGACUCCGAAAAACCUUUUAUCUCGCAUCGAAUCAUGGACGGAGGAGAUGAAGGGCUCUUCCACUUCCAACCAAUCGUGCGUAAGCCUCGGAUACAGCAGAGAAUGGCUGUCCUUGGACAUAGCAAGUGCAUGGAUUUCCUUAUACAAUGCUUGUCGAUCAGUCGGAUGGGGGAAUGAUACCCGUUUCAAAAUGGCAUUCAGUCUUUCGGCAUUGGAGUACUCUAAUCAUCGGUUCAAAGAUUUGCUCCCCGUCGUUCUUGCAUUUUCACGUUACCCUGAAUUCCGUUCCAUCAGUCCGCCGUUGUGGCCACGAUACAAAUUCACUAUGGGUUACGUAGCAGAUCCAUCACAGCUCAACACCACCAUCUCAGGGUGUGCCAAUCCCUUUCAGGCCAUCGGCGAUGCAUCGGCCCUAAAUGUGUCUAAAAAGAAGCGUAAAAUGGCAUACCAUUCCCAAGUGUCUUCCCAAGUCUCCUUCCUUGUUACACAUUUCACUAACCAAUGGAAUUGUGCACCCUCGAGCAAACCAACGUUGCCAUUUGUACCAAGCGGGGAUACAUGGCUAAUCAACACCUCUCUUGCUAUGCAUAGAGUAACGGAGUUGUUCGGGAUGUGGUCCAGGAACCGGGAUUUGUGUGACCACAUCCGGGAAGUGCAGCACAUCUUGGAUAAUCGUUAUACUUCAAAUGCUCCGACCUCUCCACACCUGGAAGAGGCACAACCAUCCAUUGUAUCGUAUCGCGAUGUUUUCCUUCGACGGCCUCCAAUUCUUGCUCCUAUGCCUUCCCCUCCUAGAUCAAAGGAAUGCUUGGCUUCCAAAUCACGUUCGGGGCCUGAUAAUCUUAGAAUUCUCAUUUCGAGGUUCCACUCAUCUGGAAGCCCACUAUCUCGGAAAUAUGGGGAAGAUCUCGAGGCCAGCAGGGAUGCAUUGCAGUACGAUACUGACAUCGGCACGGAGCGGGUGAAAAUCCUUCGGGGAGCCCUUUAUCGUGAUUACCAGAUGUACCAAACUUAUCUAUACGAUACCUUGGAGCAAAUUGAACGGGCAAUCGAUCCGGAUCCUCAGUCGGAGGCCCCAGAGGAGAUUAUGCGUAGCACCAUACGUUCUUUGUUGCACCACUUAUCAUUCUCAUCGCGCUCAAGAGUUGGUCUCUCCCCUGGUUGGGAAACCGCUCUUAUUCGCCUUGCCCAGUCCAUACUACUGUUACAGCGGUCGGAGAGGUUGAUGAAAUCAAGACAUUGCACCGAUGAAUUCCUGAAGGAAUAUCAGAAUUAUACUGAUCUGCAUGACAUUUCGGACAGAUUAGACUGGCUGCUCAUCCAAAUUGACUCUAACUUUCUUAUCCGCCCGCUUCAAAUUGACGUUGCCCGUAACAUGAUGUUUCCCUGCCCACAGGAAAACAACAUCCUUCAACUCAAUAUGGGGGAAGGGAAAUCGUCUGUUAUUGUCCCGCUAAUAGCGUCAUCUUUGGCGGACGGACAAAAACUGGUCAGAAUCAUCGUGCUAAAACCCUUAGCAAAUCAAAUGUUUCAGCUACUCGUCCGACGCUUGAGCGGCCUGGCCAAUCGACGAGUAUAUUACACGCCCUUUUCCCGUGCGACUUCUAUGGAUGGACACCAUUUAUCCCUUUUUAAAAGCAUAUAUCUUGAAUGCAUGCGUGCGGGUGGGAUACUGGUCAUGCAGCCUGAACACGUCCUAUCAUUCAAACUCAUGGGUGUAGAUCGACAACUUUCGGCUGUCACGGGCCAGAAGACGCCAAAUGCGAUGCUGGGACUGCAACGAUGGUUGGAUUCGAAUGUUAGAGACAUUUUGGACGAGAGCGAUGAGAUUCUAGCGGUCAAAUACCAACUCGUCUACAGUGUUGGGGCCCAGCAGCCUCUAAACCAUCAUCCUGACCGAUGGACUGUUGUACAACAUGUGUUUUCCAUCUUGCGCAGCCACGCCUGGUUCAUCGAGGAAUUCCUUCCUCAAGGAGGCUUCGAGGUCGAACAACAGCGAGGUGGAUGCUUCCCUCAUUUUCGUAUUCUCACCCGUAAGGCUGGUGUUUGGCUUGUGGGAAGGCUUGUGCGUGGAAUAAUGUCGGGGGAGUGUCCAGAUCUGCCUUCGUUAAGGCUAUUUCACGGCAGAGCGCGACAAGAAGCAGUGGCUUUCAUCACAGAACCGAGUCCUGGAGAACUUGAUGAAUUGCGAAAUCACUGCCACCGUGACACCCGCCUAUGGAACACUCUACUCUUGCUGAGAGGCCUUUUUGCCCAUGGAAUACUUACGUACAUCCUUAGUGAACGUAGGUGGCGAGUUGAUUAUGGGCUUGACCUUAGACGGUCCCUUCUCGCAGUGCCUUAUCGCGCAAAAGAUGUGCCUUCACUGAGAGCGGAGUUCAGUCAUCCGGACGUCUGCAUUUCGCUGACAUGUCUCAGCUAUUAUUACGGUGGAUUAUCUUGUGAUCAAUUGGAUAUAUGCUUUGAACUCCUUGGUCGACUGGAGGAUCCUGUUGUAGAGUAUGGCAAGUGGGUAAAAGAGAACUGCUUAGUGCCGGAAUUCCUCUGUGACUAUAGCAGUUUCAAUCCGGGCGACCACAGUCAAAGGAUCAACCAUCUCUAUCCAGCUUUUCAAAGGAACCAGGAGACGAUCAACUUCUUCCUCUCUCAUGUUGUUUUUCCGAGGGAAGCCAAGGCAUAUCCGCAAAAGCUCUCCGCAUCUGGAUGGGAUAUCGCUGAACGGAGACAACACGUAACGACAGGGUUCAGUGGUACAAAUGACAACCGCUAUCUUCUCCCUACUUCUAUUAAACAGGUCGACAUUCCUGCACAAUUAAGCACGAAUGCCAAGGUGUUGAAUUUGAUGCUCCAGCCUGAGAAUGAUCAUUAUCGAACUGCAGAGCGUAGCAAGUUUUUAGAUCUUCUUAUUGAGGAGACCCCUCAAAUCCGAGUUCUAUUGGAUGUGGGCGCUCAAAUGUUAGAAGAUUCCAACAGGGGUUUGGCAUCGAGAUGGCUUUCGAAAAUCCCAGCAGCCGACGUAGAUGUUGCGAUCUUCUUCGAGGAUGACGAAAUCCUCGCCAUACGACGUGAUGGGGAAACGGAGCCGUUUUUCUCGUCCUCGUACAGACGCCGGCUCGAUCGUUGCCUUGUGUACCUUGAUGAUUCCCAUACCAGGGGCACCGACUUAAUGCUGCCCCUUGAUUAUCGUGCGGCAGUGACAUUGGGUCAGAAAGUGACGAAGGAUAAACUGGUUCAAGGAUGCAUGCGAAUGCGCAGGCUAGGGCAGGGACAAUCCAUCAUCUUUCUUGCACCUCCCGUUGUGGAUCACUCAAUCCGCCGGUUCAAUAAAAAACGCGACGGAGAACAAAUCACUGCUGGCGACAUUCUUGCCUGGUCCAUCGGUGAGACAUGUAAGAGCCUACAGCAUUACAGCUCCCACUGGAGAGAGCAGGGGAUUCAUUACAUGGACAGGCAAUGCGCAUGGAAAGAGUUUUGGUUGUCCGAUGCUAGUGACGCUUCCGGGCUGGCGAAAUAUUGGCUGCAACCCGAGUCGAAGUCUUUGGAGGAAAUGUAUGAGGUAUCAUUGUCUUCCGUAUCAUCAGCACGCGAAUCAUCCCAUCAUCCCGCUGCUGACUUUCGUGAGAUCAGAAAGAGAGCUCACAUUUUCUCAUUCUCCACGGAGCACGGGCUGGUGAGAAUGGAAGAAGACCAAGAGCAGGAACGCGAGGUAACCCAUGAGCUCGAACGGGAGCAACAAGUCGAGAGACCACCACCUUUACCGCCUGCCCGCCAUCGCCUCGAUCCUGAUAUCGUCUCUUUCGUACGAAGUGGCCGAACACCAGCAGACUCAUCGCUUGCUUUCGUCACGCUCUUCCCUUCAGUCUCGAUCCUUCAUCCGUCCCCGCAGCAAGCCACUAAGUGGUCAGACAAGCUACUUGCAACCAGAGACUUCGUCACGGUCAUCAAAGGUUUGGAUGUCCAGAAAAGCAUCGAGUUCCUUCGGCCCGUCAACUGGAUACUGUCCAGUGCCCGCGACCCGACGCUCGUUGUUUGCAGCCCCUUUGAGGCGAACGAGCUGCUCCCUGAAAUCCGCCGCAGCCACAACACUACGUUGCAUGUCUACUCGCCUAGAGUGAACCAACCAAUGAGGUCCUUCGAUGAUUUCAGAUUUUGCACAAUUCCACCUUUACCAACAAUGUGGACGGAGCCAGAGAGGCUUACGAUCUCGCAGCUCAACAUAUUCUCAGGCCAGGUAUACCUCAACGACUUUGAAACGUACCUUGAACUUUGCAAUUUUUUGGGAGUCAACACGAGUCAUGACGGGAACAACGAGAUCGAAACCCAAAGUGACGGCUUCAUCCUUCCCCAAAACCGCACUGGAGAGAUGGAAUUGGUCUGUCCGUUUGAUAGCAGCCCUCUCCCUUUCAUACAUGAGCUGAUGAGCCACAGGAGGAAAGGGAUACCCUACACUUCCACUCAUCUUGGACGAAUUGUUAAUGGAGCAUUCGUACGACCGGAAGAUUUCUGA